GCAAUGCAUCAUGGUCGCUGGGGAGCGGAGUGCUGCCAUUUUUCAGUGGUACCAAAGCAAAAGCAGACGGACAGACGUGUUGUGAAAGCCACUGGAGGGAAACUGAUCGGGACAUGAUGGCCAGUGGUGUCCAGCCGAGUGUCCGAAGCGGGCCGGUCGAAAGUGCGCGUCGCUCUUUUCGGUGGCAGUGAUUUCGCGUGAGUUCCGAGUGCUUUUCAUUUCGUCCGAGCAGCUGAAGAGGAGGAGUGCUGUGUGGGUUGAGCCGUCGCUCUUCUGCUCGCGAAUUUAUCGUGCGUCGCCCUUCGAACGCCCUGUGGCGCGGAAAAGCCCUUAACCUUCCAUGGCGGUGCCCUGGCAGCCGGAAAAUCGAGUUUGAAGUCGCUGUUCCUCAGCAGGAUGUGCACAAACAGGUGAUCAGCAGUGACCUCGCGUUGAGUGCUCGUGGUGCGUCACCCUGGAAAUGUUCACCCUCAGGUCGUGGAGCAACGCGACACACGGAAAUGGACUCGCUCUCCGCCUACCCCUGUUGCAGCAAGGCAACGGCCAACGGCCCCUCGCCCGCCGCGGCCAUGCACCAGACUGCUAAGCAGCACGAUGCCCACCUUAGCCAUCACCACCACCAAUCCCUUGGUGGUCACCACCACCAACACCAUCCUCUGCAUCACCAGAACCCCGCAAACAACCCCGUAGUCUUCUACGUGCCCAAUCAGCAGCAAAACGGGGCCUCCCACUAUGGUGGGCCCCACCAAAACCAGAAUCACUAUGGGGAACACCAACCCCAGCCCAAUCACUACGACUACCACCACACGUCGGUGGCCAACUACAAUCCCGCACCAUAUCAGGGCCAGCAGCAGCCCGUGGAGAAGCAGAAACAGCCCAAUUACCCCUCGAUAUACAAUAACAACUCUAAACUGAACCUCUUCCAGCCAUUUUACUCAGGCAACAUUUACGAAGAAGCAAACAAGACUCUGGAAUCCGGCGGUGGUGACUUCAGUGGCCCAGCGUGCAGCUACACGGUGGCCAAUUCGGCCAACUCUCCUCCGGGCGGCGCCCUCAGCACCUCGUCCGGCUACUUCUCCUCCAACUCGUCGUCGCCGUCAACCUCCAGCUCGGUGCGUUCGACCUCCCGUUGCGACUCAGCCAGGUCAGUUGAGUCGAGUUGCAGCAGCACCGACAGCGGCGUCGACAACAACUUCCCCCACACGUAUGGUGUCGGUCCCGCCACCAUCCCCACCUCUUCUUCUUCGCAGAACAACAACAACAACAACUUUGUGUUGGUGCCGGUGAACUCAAGUUCGGCGCUCCCGUCGUACCCGCCUAACGUCCCGGUGACCAGCAGCCCCUUGACAUGUAUGCAACCGCAACCGCAGCAGAGACUGCAGAACGCACCCGUUGGUGGCGCCAGUGUCGGUGGUGCGAAUAAUAAUGUGAUGUUAAACCAGCAGCAGCCGCAACAACAACAGCAGAUGCAGCCGCAGCACCCGCCGCAGCCCAAGCAGACGCGGACAGACAUUGCUGUGCCCUACGGCUGGCGGCGGCUGCUCGUCAACAAUACCAUCGUCUAUGUUAGUCCUAGUGGUGCCGAAAUCUGUUCCCGUGAGGCAGCCCGUCAGUACCUGAUAACCCCUGGCAACUGCAAGUGUGGCCUGGAGUGUCCUUUGCACCUUGACAACGUCUUCUGCUUCGACCCCAAGGUGACAAACAGGGCCUGGCCUCUGAUACCUGACCCGUCAGACAACACAAGGCUGUGCAACCACAAGAGAAAGCAGCAAGUGCCGGCCGCCUUGCUCGCCUCUGCCCCCGGCGGCCCUCGCAGCCCCCUUCACAGAAACCUGAUCCCCAACCCUGCCAAAGAUGGGCAGCAGUGCCAGCAGCUGGUCAACGUCGGCGGAGGCAGGAAGAAGCGGCGGAAGGUGGAGGCGGCCGCGGCGUCGGCGUCGCCCUACGACCGCAAUUUGGUGUCGCAAAUUUUGGCCCAGAGAGAAAGACUUGAAAAUCAGCAGCCACUAACUGCAGCGGCGCCGACCGCACCAACACCAAACCCGCUCGAGCUCCCACAAGCCAACGGCAAGCCCGAGAAAGUGCCAAGGGUCUGGGACACCAGUUCAAUGGCGCCGCAACAGACGCCUCCACACUCGCUCCCAGCAGCGCCGCCUCCGCAAAUGCCACCCCCACAUUACACACAUCACCACCCCAUCCCCCAUCUGCAACCUCAGGGUCCAUCGAGGAUCUCGUGCCAUCCGAGCAUGAUGAAUCCUCAGCAGCAGCAGCAACAACAACAACAACAUCCAACCCAAAACCAACAAGCGCCGCAACAACCACCCCAGUAUCGAGGUUUCCCGCCUCCGCCGCCGCCCCCGAGACCAAACUACAGUCAGAACCUUCCAUUCCCCACCUCGCAAGUAGAGGCGCAGAAGCAGUUCCAGGAGCACCACAACCACAUGCAAAGUCGGGGGCAGCCGCAGCGACUGCCGCCCCCGCCCUACAUUUAUCCACCCACCUCUGGGGGCGGUUUCUACCCUCAGCAGCAGCAAGUGCCGGAAAAGCAGUGGCAGUACGAAAGGGAGACGCACCAGAUGGCCUGGGACGACCUGGCCAAGCGGAAAAAACUCAAGGCCAAGAAAGCCAAGAGGGAAACACCACCUGUAGAAGGUCACCGGCCCCUGCCGGAGAUGACCCCUGUCGGAGCCGCCCCCUCCUUCAUGGAGGACCCCAACGGCUACCUGGCGCAACAGACUGCCCUCUUGAACUCGACCAUCUUGAGGCCGCAGAAUUUCCCGCCCCAACCGACACCCCCACCGCCCCCUCAGGCCCCCAACCUGGCGGUCCCGACCGUUUCGAGCGCCGCCCCUUCACCCAUCACGACAAGCACCUCAAGUACUACUACCCCUAUAGCCCCGGCGCCACCACCGCAGCAGGCGGCCAAGGCUGUGCCCUUGCCGAGCAACGUCACCCUGCCCAAGGGGCUGAACAGGACGCCGCCGGCCGCCUCUACUUGUGGCAAUCAAGCACCUGCGGCCACCGAAAGCGCUCCUGCUGCGCCCGACAGCGCUUCUGAAUGUCACGCGUGCACUUUGAUCAAGGAGGAGAGCCAACCCGCUGUCACCUCUACGGCCAGUCCUGACCCUAAAGGACCUAUUCAAGGAGGAACAGUCAGUACCAGUCAGGAGCAGCAGGAGAACAAAGUGGAGGCGCCGGCCGUGGCGACGAGCACCCCUACCAAAUCACCACUGGAAAUGGUACAGAGCGUUGUGAGCAGCAUCCAGGUGCCUCCCAAGCUGGCAACGGCGACGCCACUCACCCUGACCGCACCCUCAGGAGGCACCGACCUCAAACUACCCCCGGGUCACAUUUUCGUCUCUUCAAACGGCCAGCAACUUAUCUUCCAGGGUGCGGCACAGAAACUCGCCCCUUCACCGCAGCACACAAAUGCGAACGUCUUGUCUGCCCUUCAGCAGCCGAUGAUGCAGCUGGUCAACACCCUUCCCUGCAACACACCCCUGCUGCUCCACCAACCCUUGCAGCAGACGGUGACCGUCGAAGGUCCUCUUUUGGCCGCCCUGCCGGCCGAGGACCCGAAGAAAAGGGCUAAGAAGCGGCGACCCAUCCAGCAGGCACCUGCGCCGCAGCAAAUCCAACAACACACCCCUCAACCCCAACAGCAGCAAAUCCUGCAGAGUCCGUUGUUCAUGCAAAACUUCCAGCAACCCCUCCUGCAGACCCUCACCAUUCUCCCGAACAAGCAGCCACAGUUCUUGUUGCCGCAGCAGGGGGCCAGUCAGCAACAGUCGCCCCUCGGCGCCAACCCCAUCAACCUGAUUCAACCCCUGAACCUCUUGAAUGGCACCAACUUCAUGUCUAACCUCCCCUCCAUCCAGACCCUGGUCGUCCCGAGUCUGCAAGGCAUGAUGAUGAGCACCCUGCCCGAUGGCACUCUCAUCCCCACCGACGGGGGUGGUGGAACGGUGCAGCUGCAGCUGCCCAAUCAGUUCCUGAUGCAGUCGCAGUUUGGCCAGCAGAACUUGAUCUCCGCCCCACAAAUGGUCAUCAGGGCCCCCGCACCGCAGAUUGUAAACAAAAUCACAGCGACGGGACAGGUUGGCCAGUUGAUUUCCCCGCAGUCGCAAUUUCUGGGCUUCCAACAGACCCUGAACGGACUGACCAUGAUGAGCCAUCCAAAGCCACCUGAACAGCAACAGCAGUUCAUCAUGAAUGUGAACGGGCAGCCUAUGAUCAUCCCCUGCUCAGCAAGUGUCACUCCGACCACCCAGAGCGCCACCCUGCUUCACCAAAACACCACCAUAGUGCAGCAGCAGACGACGACGGCCCUUGUAGCUGCGGCCAACAACCAUGCCCAGCAGCAACCUGUACAGGUGAAUCCCCUGAUCCUCAAGCAGUUUCAAGACUUGACAGGGCCGCUGCUCUUGCAGCAGAAACAAUCAGUGUCCACGCAGACGGCGGCUCAGGCGGCAGCGGCCCUGUUGCCCACCAUGGUGCAAAUCCCGACGAGUAUUUACAACAGCCCCCCUCUGGAGCAAAUGCCCCCCGACACAACCACCUCGUCGCCCAUCUCGGAGCCCCUCAAAUCUCUGACGCCCCUGAACACCGAAUGUGGGGUGACCAGCUCCGAAGCUGACCCUGCUGACCACUCCACUUUCAGCUGGGUCACCAAGGUUGACGAGAUCACCGUCGAGAGCUCCACCAUGCUGGACAAAAGCAGGCCCUUAAAGCGGAAACUCGAGGAAGCACCUUCAAACCCCCUUCAACAAGACCGCAAGUGUGUUGUGAGGCAAGGCGACCUGGUGUGGGGUCCUUUCAACGGGUCGCCCUCGUGGCCCGGCAAAUUGGUGUCCCUGAGCGAGACGCUCGAGGGCGGCGGCGCCCCCUCCAAGAGCAAGGGGUGGGUGCGCUGGUUUGGGUCCACUUUGCACUCCCAAAUCGAGCUAAAUUCCCUGAAAAGUUUGUCUGAAGGCCUCGAGGCUCACCACACGGCCACUAAGAAGCUCCGCAAGGGCAGGAAAAUGAACCAGCAGCUGGAAAAGGCCAUUCAAGAAGCGAUGAGCGAGCUGGACAAAUUGACGGCAAACAAGCAGCAAGCUAACAAAAAGAAGUCUUUAAGAUGACAACUGAAUCGGAAUCUCUCCAGUCUUUUCACUCGUCGUUGUGCUACUUUCCCUUAAUUUUCAUUAGUAAUUUUUAGUUUUUAUUAACCCCCAGUAAUAACGUCAGGUGAUGGUACCAAAAGUAAUUUAACUUGUUUUAUAGUCUUUUUUUUCUUAAAGGAAAACACAAAAACCAGAUAAUUUUUAACAAAUUUUUUAAGCCUUCUUAAUUCUCCUCAAAGAGUUGCUACUGAAAGUUGCUUUUAAGUACACAAAAUUUAAUGAUUUGUGUCUCUAGUCAGAAGAAAUAUUAUUCUUGCUUUUAUUCUACUGUUUUAUAUUAUUUGUUCUACUUUUAGUGUAAAUUGAAAAGUGAAACGAUCAGAGCCGCUUAGAUCUGAUUGGGAAUAAAGAAGUCUUUGCUGUAAAUGUAUAAAUAAUUAAAAAUGAGAAAGUACGUUAUUAUUUGCGACAAUAAGUGGCUACUACUAACUAAUACACACAAAGCAAACAACUACUGGGUGAAUGGAGGCGAAUUUCGCCAAUUUAAUGGACACUCACUGUAUCCUCUGUAAAUACGGUUGAUUAUAUGCUUGUGGAGAAAAAUCACUUAUAUGUAAUUUUGUGUAAAAAAUCCCUGGUUUUGAUUGUUUGAUAACGUGUUGUCAUUUGCAUAAUAUUUAUGCACAGUUCUCCGAGUUUGUAAAACACUGUUUAAUUUUAAUUAGAAAAAAAAUGUGAACGAAAUUACUCAAUGCUGUGAGUGUAUUCUGUUUUGUUGAAAAAAAUGAAAAUGAAUUGGUUGUAAACUAAAAUUCUUGAAAUAGCUUGAAGCUAUGGCCAAGUCAAUUGAUCAGUUAUUUGGUUUUUACCUGUACAAAAGGCAGCAGUCAUUACAAAGUUUGUUAGGUUUUCAAAAUCGAGCACUACUCGCGUUUCGUUUUCACUAAUCAAAGUGAGAGAAAAUUAAAAAUUGAGAAUUGUAUUAGCCGUCCAAUGUGCAUAAAUUAUUUGUAAGGGUGAUUUGCGGGUAUAUAGAGGAGAGGACAAUGAAAAACAUCACACAAAGAGAAUAAAAAUAAGUAGGUCUGUUCCGAGGGAGGAUUUCAGUUUCGCCGACUGGAAUUUUCUCUCUUUUUUGUCGUAAUUAACCGUGCGUAGUGAUUUCAGUUUUGUCGCGGCGUGUAUUGUUCCUAAAAAAAAUGAAGGGAGAUUUUUGAGGGUUCGUUACUGCACACUGUAUCGCCAGAGAGUCGACGAGAAACCCCCACUCUGCUUUAAUAUUCGGAAUCCUAAAGAAAUCGAUUGUUGUUGAGUACUUGCGAUAAAUUAUAUGGGCGCAUAUGAUUAUUCAGAGUAUAGAACGAAAAUGAAAAAAAAAAACACUAUAAUGAGAUUAAAAUCAACACGAUUUGAACUUGUGUAAGCGUAGAAGUUUUUAGCCGACGAAAAUUAUAAAUUAAUGAAAUUGCAACUUCGCGAGAAAGGUCUGAAACAAAAACUACGAAGAUGUAUUUUUUAUAUCCUGAGAAAAGAUGAAAACUAAAAUUAUUAACUCCUGGAAAAAAUUAUAGUGCAGGCGUAGUUGAAUAAAUAAUAAUGAAAAAAGUAUUGUACGAACAAAAGUUGUUAGUUGUCUCGUUCGGCUGAUAAAAAAUAUUGGGUAACGAUACGGAGCGGGAUAAAUUAAAAUUCAUCACAAACACGCGCAAAACAGUGUUAAGAAGUGUGUACGCAGAUAAUGACUCUAUUCACACGCCUAAUGAGUAAUAAGUGGUCGAGUAAUAAUGCGAAUCCCUGGUGGAUAUUUGGGGUUAAAGAAAAAAUUUGUUAAAAUGAAUUGAUCGAAUAAUCUCUGUCUCCGACGUCAUUUAAGCUGUACCGUAAUAUGAAGAAAACUAUAUAUCAAUGUUGUUAUCUGAAUACAAAAGUAAUAUGGCCCAACGAUUCAAAGUAAAUAAAAAAUAACACAUUGUGCACUGCUGGCUCUAUUUAAAUUGAGAAUCUACCGGUAUCAUUAGCUAUUAUAAUUAUAUAUACUUUACGAGGAAACCCGAUGUGCUUAUGUGUUGCUUAGUGAGACCAUUCAGUUAUCUUUAUUACUAAAAUCAUCAAAGUUUGCCAUACUUAAUUGCAUUUCUUUUAUAUACGUGUUUUUAGUUUUUAAAACGUGAUUUUUAUCAAUUCACCACGAUCGCACCACAUUUCCCUUUAAAAUUAUGUAUCUGCGUAGCGUGCAUUGUCCAGUUUGAAACACCGACUUUUUAGUUGAAACAAAGUUCUUUAUUUUAGUUUUCCCAAAAAAAUUUUACUGGCAUACUUAAUUAAUACAUGUAUAUGUAUUUAUAGAUAGGCGAAAAAUGAAUGAAAUGAUGUUUAUUGCCAGAGUUUAUUGUAAUAUAUCCUCGAUAUUACCUAUUAAUGAUAAAAUAUACUUUAACCAUUGCUGUAUAUUUAUGGAAAAGCUUAUUAUAUUCUCACAUGAUGAAAACAAAACUCGUGUUUUAUUGAAGUAUUC